GGCAGGCCGGCCCCCUCGAAGAAAGAAAGCGGCCCCGGCCCACAAAAAAGUUCCCACUCCGCGCUCCGCUCCACUCCGGCCCGCCGCAUGGCCUCGUAGCGCGCCAGCCCCAGCCAUGGAUGCGCACACGCGCUGGAAGCCCGCCUGGCGCCUGGCGCUCGCCCUCCUGGCCGCCCUGGCCCCCGCGCGCCCAGCAGAGCCUGUGGAUCUCUUGAAGGUGUUAGAUUUUCACAAUUUACCUGAUGGUAUAUCAAAGACAACAGGUUUUUGCACAAGCAGAAGGUCCUCCAAAGAAGCUGAUGUGGCCUAUCGAGUAACAAAAGAUGCUCAGUUGAGUGCCCCGACCAAGCAGCUUUAUCCUGCAUCUCUGUUUCCUGAAGAUUUCUCAAUCCUGACCACUGUAAAAGCAAAGAAAGGAAGCCAGUCCUUCUUGAUCUCCAUCUACAAUGAACAGGGCAUCCAGCAGGUAGGGCUGGAGCUGGGCCGGUCGCCUGCGUUUCUCUAUGAAGACCACACCGGGAAGCCGAGCCCAGAGGACUACCCGCUCUUCCGAGGCAUCAAUCUCUCCGACGGCAAGUGGCAUCGGAUAGCUAUUAGUGUGCACAGGAAGAAUGUCACCUUGAUUUUGGAUUGUAAAAAGAAGAUCACCAAGUUCUUGGACCGCAGUGACCACCCUCUGAUUGAUGUCAAUGGCAUAAUCGUAUUUGGAACCAGGAUACUGGAUGAAGAAGUCUUUGAGGGUGACAUCCAGCAGCUCCUUGUAGUGGAUGAUCAUCGAGCAGCUGCCGAUUACUGCGAGCACUACAGCCCGGACUGUGACACACCUGUCCCAGAAGAACCCCAGUCCCAGGACCCCAAUCCUGAUGACUACGGUCCAGAAAUUAUAUCUUGUGAUUACUCGCACGGGAGAGCUGAUCGAGGCGAUCUGGAGACGGUAAAAACACCGGGGCCAAAGGUCACCAGGCAAACGUCAUGUCAGAGCAGGGAUUUGAAUCAGCAUGGGCCACGAGGUGAAAAAGGGCAGAAGGGGGAGCCAGCCAUCGUUGAGCCGGGCAUGCUCAUUGAAGGCCCACCUGGCCCCGAAGGCCCAGCAGGUCUUCCAGGGCCUCCGGGAACAACGGGGCCAACGGGCCCACUGGGGGAUCCUGGAGAAAGAGGUCCUCCUGGACGGGCGGGGCUUCCAGGAGCAGAUGGCUUGCCAGGGCCUCCAGGGACCAUGAUGAUGCUACCGUUCCGCUUCAGUGGUGGUGGUGACGGUGGCUCAAAGGGCCCAAUGGUCUCUGCGCAAGAGUCCCAAGCUCAAGCCAUCCUGCAACAAGCCAGGCUGGCGCUGAGAGGACCGGCUGGCCCAAUGGGCCUCACAGGAAGGCCUGGCCCGAUGGGAUCUCCAGGCAGUGGAGGAAUCAAGGGUGACGGAGGAGAUAUGGGGCCUCAGGGUCCACGAGGAGUGCAAGGACCCCCAGGCCCAUCUGGAAAACCAGGACGCCGGGGACGUGCUGGCAGCGAUGGGGCAAGAGGAAUGCCAGGGCAGACGGGGCCAAAGGGCGACCGAGGUUUCGAUGGCUUAGCUGGACUGCCUGGGGAGAAGGGGCAUCGGGGUGAGCCUGGUCCUUCAGGUCCCCCAGGAGCCCCAGGUGAAGAUGGGGAGAGGGGAGAAGACGGAGAAGUCGGCCCCCGAGGUCUCCCCGGGGAACCUGGACCCCGUGGUUUGCUGGGACCCAAAGGGCCCUCGGGACCCCCUGGACCUCCGGGCAUAGCGGGCAUGGAUGGACAAACAGGCCCGAAGGGGAAUGUGGGUCCUCAAGGUGAGCCCGGACCACCAGGUCAGCAGGGAAAUCCAGGCGCUCAGGGUCUGCCCGGUCCUCAAGGUGCGAUUGGUCCACCAGGGGAAAAGGGUCCACUGGGAAAACCUGGCCUUCCUGGCAUGCCUGGAGCAGAUGGUCCUCCGGGUCACCCUGGCAAAGAAGGUCCUCCUGGGGAGAAAGGGAGUCAGGGUCCAGCUGGCCCCCAGGGCCCCAUCGGGUAUCCUGGCCCUCGUGGAGUCAAGGGAGCGGACGGUAUCCGUGGCUUGAAAGGGACCAAGGGCGAGAAGGGUGAAGAUGGCUUCCCCGGCUUCAAAGGUGACAUGGGCAUCAAAGGAGACAGGGGUGAAAUAGGCCCCCCUGGUCCCCGGGGCGAGGAUGGACCUGAAGGCCCGAAAGGCCGUGGGGGACCCAAUGGAGAUCCUGGACCGCUUGGCCCUGCUGGAGACAAGGGGAAACUUGGAGUUCCUGGUCUGCCAGGCUAUCCUGGAAGACAAGGCCCCAAGGGGUCCAUUGGAUUUCCAGGAUUCCCAGGCACCAAUGGAGAGAAAGGCGGAAGGGGCACCGCUGGCAAACCGGGGCCAAGAGGGCAACGGGGCCCAACGGGUCCCCGAGGAGAAAGAGGUCAGCGGGGCAUCACAGGCAAGCCUGGUCCAAAGGGCAACUCUGGUGGGGAUGGCCCGCCGGGCCCUCCAGGCGAAAGGGGUCCUCCUGGGCCUCAGGGACCAACUGGAUUUCCUGGACCAAAAGGCCCUCCGGGUCCCCCAGGAAAAGAUGGGUUGCCGGGCCAUCCUGGGCAGAGAGGUGAAACUGGUUUCCAAGGCAAGACAGGUCCCCCUGGCCCUCCAGGAGUUGUCGGACCCCAGGGUCCCACUGGGGAGACGGGUCCAAUGGGUGAACGUGGCCACCCAGGGCCACCAGGGCCACCGGGUGAGCAGGGACUUCCUGGGCUGGCUGGAAAAGAAGGCACAAAGGGUGACCCAGGCCCCUCCGGCCUCCCAGGGAAAGACGGCCCACCUGGCUUGAGAGGGUUCCCUGGCGACAGAGGUCUUCCUGGCCCCAUUGGUCCUGUGGGUUUGAAGGGCAAUGAAGGCCCACCCGGCCCUCCUGGCCCGGCAGGUUCUCCUGGUGAGCGAGGUCCCGCUGGAGCAGCUGGCCCCAUUGGUCUCCCUGGGCGGCCUGGGCCCCAAGGGCCACCCGGCCCUGCUGGCGAGAAAGGAGCCCCGGGUGAGAAAGGCCCUCAAGGUCCUGCAGGUCGAGAUGGCAUCCAAGGUCCAGUAGGGCUUCCUGGCCCAGCAGGUCCAGUUGGCCCACCAGGAGAAGACGGAGACAAGGGUGAAAUUGGUGAGCCAGGGCACAAAGGAAGCAAAGGUGACAAAGGGGAACAGGGUCCUCCAGGUCCUACCGGUCCGCAAGGCCCAAUUGGUCAGCCUGGUCCAGCUGGUGCUGAUGGGGAGCCUGGUCCACGAGGGCAACAAGGCCUCUUUGGCCAGAAAGGUGAUGAAGGGUCGAGAGGCUUCCCUGGCCCCCCAGGCCCAGUUGGCUUGCAGGGUUUACCAGGACCUCCUGGAGAGAAGGGAGAAACAGGUGACGUUGGCCAAAUGGGUCCCCCGGGUCCCCCAGGCCCAAGGGGCCCGUCUGGGUCUCCUGGAGCUGACGGGCCACAAGGUCCGCCUGGUGGGAUUGGAAAUCCUGGAGCUGUUGGUGAGAAGGGCGAACCUGGAGAAGCUGGAGAGCCCGGCCUGCCUGGAGAGUUUGGUCCUCCAGGUCCUAAAGGAGAGAGGGGGGAGAAGGGUGAAGCGGGUCCCUCCGGAGCAGCUGGUCCACCAGGUCCAAAAGGCCCACCAGGUGAUGAUGGUCCCAAAGGUAGCCCUGGUCCAGUAGGUUUUCCUGGAGACCCCGGCCCUCCUGGUGAACCUGGCCCUGCUGGCCAAGAUGGUCCAACAGGUGACAAAGGUGAUGAUGGUGAACCUGGACAGACGGGUUCCCCUGGUCCAACUGGAGAGCCAGGCCCUUCAGGCCCACCAGGAAAAAGAGGCCCACAUGGGCCAGCGGGUCCUGAAGGCCGGCAAGGAGAGAAAGGAGCCAAGGGCGAAGCCGGUUUGGAAGGACCUCCUGGGAAAACAGGCCCUGUGGGCCCUCAAGGCCCUCCAGGAAAACCUGGUCCAGAUGGACUGCGAGGAAUUCCCGGCCCCGUGGGCGAGCAGGGACUUCCUGGUGCCCCAGGCCCAGCUGGACCACCGGGCCCGCUGGGUCCACCUGGUUUACCUGGCUUGAAAGGAGAUUCUGGUCCAAAGGGAGAGAAGGGUCAUCCAGGCUUGAUUGGUCUCAUUGGGCCUCCUGGCGAGCAAGGAGAGAAAGGAGAUCGAGGCCUGCCGGGCCCUCAGGGAGGAUCCGGGCCUAAAGGAGAACAGGGUAUUACAGGUCCUUCUGGUCCAAUCGGCCCGCCUGGCCCUCCAGGGUUACCGGGUCCCCCCGGUCCAAAAGGUGCUAAAGGAUCUUCGGGUCCAACAGGCCCAAAGGGUGAAAUGGGUCAUCCAGGGCCACCAGGGCUUCCUGGCCCUCCAGGGGAAGUGAUCCAACCCCUUCCCAUCCACUCCUCCAAGAGGACCCGACGAAACAUUGAUGCCAGCCAAUUGGUUGAUGAAGGCAACACAGACAACUACAUGGAUUAUGCAGAAGGCAUGGAGGAAAUCUUUGGCUCCUUGAACUCUCUGAAACUGGAAAUUGAGCAGAUGAAGCAUCCGUUGGGCACCCAGCACAACCCGGCUCGCACCUGCAAAGAUCUGCAACUAUGUCAUCCUGAUUUCCCCGACGGUGAAUACUGGGUUGACCCUAAUCAGGGUUGCUCCAGGGAUUCCUUCAAGGUUUACUGCAACUUUACAGCUGGAGGUGAAACCUGCAUCUUCCCUGAUAAGAAAUCUGAAGGGGCUAGAAUCACUUCAUGGCCAAAGGAAAACCCAGGCUCCUGGUUCAGUGAAUUCAAGCGCGGUAAACUGCUUUCCUACGUUGACUUGGAUGGCAAUCCCAUUGGAGUGGUGCAGAUGACGUUCCUGAGGCUCUUGAGUGCUUCCGCCCACCAGAAUGUCACCUACAACUGCUUUCAGUCAGUGGCGUGGCGUGACGACUCCACGGGCAACUACGACAGGGCCAUCCGCUUCCUGGGCUCCAAUGAUGAAGAGAUGUCCUAUGACAACAAUCCUUUCAUCAGGGCUGUCUUUGAUGGUUGCGCAACAAAGAAAGGCCAUCAAAAGACAAUCUUAGAAAUUAACACACCCAAAGUGGAGCAAGUCCCCGUUGUUGACAUCAUGUUUAACGAUUUUGGCGAAGCGUCACAGAAGUUUGGAUUUGAGGUGGGACCAGCUUGCUUCAUGGGCUAAGAGCCACUCGGAACACCAGUCUCCAAAUGAGCAACCUCGUAACCUCAUUGCGCCUUCUUUUUUUUGGCUACGUUGUGGUCAUUGUCACAUAAACGUUCUGAAACGAAACUGUUUGAUGGGUUUAUUAUUUUUAUUUGUUUUCUUGUUUUGCCUGAGUUGCAACUCUUUUGCAAGACCCACAACAUUCUGAUGCCCCGUCAAAGACAGAAUGCUCCCCCCCCACAGGCUCCAGAAUCACAUGACUUAAAGGCAUCACCCCAUUGCUGUGCAGCAUCUUCAAGACCACCAACGGGCUUGGCUUUCUUGCAUGGCUUGCUGGGGCAUUACUCUGAAUUGGAAAUACUGUGGCCACAAUUCUACUAGCACUAGUUUGGUCUUCUUGUUGAUAGCCUCACUGCCCCAAGUCAGUGGAAGACGGUUUCCUAAUUGCGGAGUUUUCUAUCUCUGGAAGGUUCUGAGAAUAUCAUGAAAAACCAUCAGCCAGAUGUGAUUUGCCUCUGUAUAGGAAUGUGGACUGAAGACCUUCCCUUGCAAGACCUUCCCAUUAGAUUCUAUGGCUUCACCGGGGUUUCGAUCAGAACCCAUUUGGAAUCUCCCUCAGAAUAACUGUUCAUCCUGCUCAGAUCCUAAAAGUAUUGACUGAAACCAAAUGCGCAAAAAAUAAAAAUUCAGGUCCUGAUGGUAAACCCCAUAUGAUAAAGGUGCUUCUAUUUUUGUAUGUUUGUAAGUAAAUAUUUGUAUAUUAUUAUUUUAAAUAUAAGAUAUCUCUGGCUUCAAAACAUGCCUAUGACCCACCCAUGCCCCCUGUUGGUAAUUUAAGGAACAACUAUUCUCACUAUCGUAGAUGCCAAAAACACCAGUCAAUGAGGCAGUGAACCACAGAUGUAGCCUUGAGGCAAACCUUUAGGUUCUGGCUGCUCAUCCAAGGCUCAUUUCCUCAGUUGAGCUCACCAGUCUGCUUCCUCGUUCAGCAUCAUGGCAUGAGUUUAGCUCACAGGAGUGCUUUUUCGUGAAUGGGACUUCACGAAAAAGCACUAUCUGUACAAGUAAAUCAAGCACGUGCCUGUAUGUUUAUGGAGUCAGGGCAAACCUAUAGCAUGUCUCCAAAAUCAAGAUAAACUGUGGAAUGUUGGAUAAAUUUUCAGGAGACUUCCUGCUGUUCUGGACUGCCUUUGCUGCAAAAUGCACCCGAGCCUGAUGAGUAGCUCAGACAUGAGGGUCGACUCCAUCGUUAUGUUGCCUUCACUUGAUUCAGGGUACAGGUUUAUGUUUCUUAAAAAAUACCUUCUCCAAAGAAGAAGCCCGGCUUUCCUUUCCAACUUGCACUCCCAGGGAAGGUUGCGCAUGGCAGGAAUAUCCAGGAUUUUCCUCUCUUCAAAUACAAGCAAUUAAUCCCCCCCAGGUGCUCCUGUUCUGUUUUUGUUGGUGCUAUCUGUCUGAAAAACUGUAUGGCAACACUGGUGGAACCCUGUCAUUUGCCAGCCUCCUCGGUCUCUUCGCUCCAAGGGCUUCUUUCUCCUGCCGUUCUUGGAUGGACUUUCACACCAGCCUCAAUGUUCAAUAAGUAGGUCCAACUGCUGCUUUGAAUUCCAUUAUGGUACCUUGGAUGACCCUUGUAGAAAGUAUUAAAACUGUGCUUCCUUCUGGGGUUUUGUUUAUUUUUUGUAACAAAUAGAAUAUUCAUACAUUUUAUAUGAUUGUAAUUAUGCCAGAUUUGUACUCAGUUGCUGAAUAUUUGUGGUGCUAAUUUAUGUAUUUGUUCAAUGUACUGAAACUCUCCCCCACCCCCAGUUGUAUCAUCCUUUGAAGAUCAAGACAAGACUGUGCAGCUCCAUCGCCUUUUCAUGGAGGUCUUCUGGUGGGCAUCAGUAAGCCCUGUCAAUUGGGACCUACAGUUACAACUAGUCUCCUCCGUUUUGACUGGUGCUUCUCCCAGGUGAAAGAGAAAAGUUGCAAAUACAUUUAUGCCAAAUAAAGGUGUAGGAUUUGCAAAGGUAAAGACAUCACAUUUACUGUGAAUCAAAGCCGAUGUCUUUUCCCAACUGCUCCCCAAAAGAAAACUGGAUCAGGAGGGUCCUGAGCUGGGCUGGGCUGGGUUUGUGUUCAGAAGGGCUCAAAGAGCAUCUGUGGAAUCCGCUGAGAUGCUUCCAUGGGGGGAAAAGGGGCAAAUGUAGGAGAAGGGCUCGAAAACUGUCUUGCUGAGGACCCCAGGUCUCCUGGAAACUGUUCCAACUGGGAAGUUCCAGCACCGCAGACAGGCCCCCGAGAGCGCCAGGCUCUUGCCAGCUUGCUGGGCUUGCCUAGAAUGUGUCGCUGCACAGCAGUGCUGGUGAUUUCUGGCCUACACACCUGAUCCCAGUGAGACCCAGGAGGGCUGACCAGCACCUCACAUCAGCUUGGCGAAGGUGCCUUAGAACCCCUUCAGUGUUUCAGGCCCCCAGAGGACACGGACAGGCGUCCCUCAGCAGAUGAAUCAGUGUGGAAAAGAUCCCCCUGGGGGUCAACAGCCUCACCCAACAACAAAGCAGUGCAACUUGCAAAUGUCAUACAUACACGGUGCCUUUCACUCCGCUCAGCAGCCUUGCCACAGGAAAUCUGGGUUCUUUUAAAACGGGGUGCAAAUAUUAAUGUCUGCACUUAUGAAUCCACACACUUGGGUCAUGUGAUUCUGUUCCAAUAAUUUCUCAUCAAGGGAUCUUUAGUCUAUUUUGUUUGCCACUGUUGGUGCUUCUGUCAAAAUCCUACCAAGUGUUGUAAAAUUGUACUGAAGUUUUCCCUUAUUUUUCCCUCCCCUUUCCAGACCACUUAGCUACGGCAUAUUGCAAUAAAAAUUACUUCUUGUAUUGGCAGAUAUUUCUUUCUGUGUAAUUUUAUCCCCUUUCCCCUCUAAUAUAUAUAAAAUGACUUGAACAAAUGUUGAUGAGAAAAAAAUAAAAUCUGUGAAAACAAACAAAAAAUUAGUCUAUAGGGCCCUUUAAAAAUAAAUACGUGAGUGACAUAUUUGUACAGUUUUUCAAAUUCCAAUCCAACCUUUUUAAGGACAAAUAUUUUAAACCUGUGUAAUAAAGGACUAAAUGUAAGAGAUUUUUUCAAUAAAUCAAGUCUACUGUUUCCACCUAAA